AUGCCUCAACAACAACAUUAUCAAUAUCAACAACAACAAAUGAUGAAUCAACAAUAUAAGUUGGAACAACAAGUGCCCUCAGGCAAUGAACAAUCACCUGAGCUCUCACCAAAGUUCUUCCCAGCAGACUCUCUGGUAAAGGUGACAUCAGAUCCAUUCUGCAAUAACAACAAUGCUGCUGAUGGUGGUCAUAUCCCAAUCUACAUUAACGUUCCAUUGUUUGGCAGACGUGAUAACUGA